CAUGUGAGAACAGCGGACCCUUUUAGAGCUCUUUAAUGUGCAACACCCAUUCUGACUGCUUUAGUUUUGUAACAGCAAAAUGUUAACUUAGUAUGUGAAGCCUUUUUAAUACAAGAGACAUUAUUGUACAGAAGAUAACAUAAUACACUGCAUGUGAUCAGCAGAAGGGAAAUGAACACCAACCAUAUAAUCCUAAUUUUCUUCUAUGGACAAUUGUGGAGAUAACUUUCUACAGAGAUAAAGAGGCCUCCAACAAACCUAUUGUCAACUAUUUUUCUGACACAAUCAAGGAGAACAUCUGUCAGUCUUGGAAAAAAAUAAAGGAAAUACAGCUCCCAGGUUCCUGUACUAAUCAAAUGAACUUGCCAUCUUACACAAAAUUGAAGAGCCAUCAGGAGCUAUCAUGACACCUCAGACCACAACAGAAGAAAGGGAAUCCACUGAUGGGAGCUGGAUAGCUGCACUGUUAAUUGGCAUAAUUUUGUCUGGUAUGAUGUUAGUUAUUAUUAUAAUUCUGCUGUGGAAAUGCUCAAAAAAGCCAGCUCGAGUUGAUCCAAACUGGGCAGGUCGCUCUCCAUUUGCAGAUGGAGACACACCUGAUAUCUUUGUGGAGAAUACUAAAGAAAUGGAGCUGGUCACAAAACGUACCUCAGUUCUCUCUAUCUUGCCAUGGAAAUUUAAUAAGAACACUCCCCUGGAUGAUUCUAAAAGCUCUGAAUUAAAAGAAAGGCCUGAGAAGCCACCCAGUUGCAUCACAAAGGAGAAGAGCAACCAAUCUACCCCUACACUAAAGAGAGGCUCUAGCCCAUUAGCCGCCAACAUUUCAGUUUCCUCUUCAAAUAUUAACAUUGGGCCCCCACCUCCUGUUUCAGAUGGACUGUGUAAUGUAUGCGACCCUCCACUCAACCCAAUCCUUCCGCCACCUGAGUCACUUGAGCUGCCACCUCCACCUGACGAAGUCCAGGAGAAUCACUGUCCCGAAAUCAGCAAAUCCCUUGAAUUUCAAUCAGAAGCAGAGCGCCAGUUUCCCCCUCCUCCUGACUUAACCAAUCAAGAUACACUAAAGGGAGGCUCUGGCCCAUUAGCUGCCAAUGUUUCGGUUUCCUCUUCAAAUAUUAACAUUGGGCCCCCACCUCCUGUUUCAGAUGAACUGAGUCAUGUAUGUAACCCUCCACUCAACCCAAUCCUUCCCCCACCUGAGUCACGUGAUCUCCCACCUCCACCUGACUGGCUUAACGAAGGCCCGGAGAAUCACUGUCCCGAAAUCAGCAAAUCCCUUGAAUUUCAAUCAGAAGCACAGAGCCACUUUCCCCCCCCUCCUGACUUAACCCAUCAAGAUGUAAAUUAACCAUUGCUGCCACCAGCAGCAUGGCCAGACCCUGGAUAAAUUGAAGGAGCCUGCUUUGCAACCUACUUCACAUCCU